GCAACGACAUUAAGAGACUAUAUAUUAGCAACUAGGGUUUUGAUCACUCUUGACUGCAGUCGCCGCCGGAAAAAAGCCGAGGAAGAACGAUCUUCAGAGAAAGUAAACUCCGUGCGCAGCCGUCGACAUGGGCCGACUCCACUCUAAAGGUAAGGGAAUCUCAGCUUCUGCUCUGCCGUAUAAGCGAUCACCACCAAGCUGGCUCAAGACAACCUCCCAGGAUGUUGAUGAGUCCAUCUGCAAGUUUGCGAAGAAGGGUUUGACUCCAUCUCAGAUUGGUGUCAUUCUUCGUGACUCUCACGGAAUCCCACAAGUGAAGAGUGUUACUGGAAACAAGAUCUUGAGAAUCUUGAAAGCACACGGUCUUGCUCCCGAGAUCCCUGAGGAUCUCUAUCACUUGAUCAAGAAAGCAGUUGCUAUCCGUAAGCACCUUGAGAGGAACAGGAAAGACAAGGAUUCCAAGUUCAGGUUGAUUCUUGUGGAGAGCAGAAUCCAUCGUCUUGCUCGUUACUACAAGAAGACCAAGAAGCUCCCACCCGUCUGGAAAUAUGAGUCUACCACCGCAAGCACUCUUGUGGCUUAAGGAAAGCAUAGAGUAGGUCAAAGUCCUUAAUGAGCGACCAUUUCGUUGCAACAUUGCAACUCUAGUUCUAUGACUAUGGACUUUGUAUCUGUUUUCUCUAGUUUUUUGAUUUGUUACAACUUACAAUUCGAUUUUUAAUUUAAUGAAAACUCUUGUUCUUGUUA